CCGUGCCCCGCCCACUCCGCCGUCCCACGUGACCGGUCGCUGGCGGGGGGGCGGGGCCGGGGCGGUGCUGGGACAGCCCCCGCUGGUGACGGUCGGGCCGCUGCCGCUGCCGGGCGCCGGACGCGCGGCUUCUCUAUUGUUCGCUUCCUGGGGUGGUCAGCCCAGCGUUCGCCACCUUUGGCAGCGGCGGGCUGCGGGGCUGCCGGUGUGUGCUGCGACGAGCUAAUCGCUGACUUCCAAUGUAGAACCACAUUGGAAUGGUUUGAGUUGGAAGUGACCUUUUAGGUCGUCUGGUUCUAAUUCCCCUGCUAUGAGGACCCCGAGUCCAACGUAGUUCGAAGUCCGAUCCAGCCUGGCCUUGAACCACUUCCAGUACAAGAAAGAUAAGGAGGUGCUGGAGAGGGCGCAGCACAGCACAGGGCCUCAAAGAUGUUUAGGAGCCUACAGCACUUCAUACGGGAAGAGACUCCGGGAGCUGUCAGACUCUUUUCAGUGAGACAGGACGAGGAGCAGUGGCCACAAACUAAAAUACAAGAAGUUUCAGAUUAACAUGAAGACCUUUACACUGAGCGUGGCAAGAGAUGGGCCGGUCGGGGCUGCCCAGGGAGGUCGUGGAGUCUCCCUCUCUGGAGACAUUCCAGACCGACCUGUACGUGUUCCUGUGAAGCCUGAUCAGGUGACCCUGCUUUGGCAGGAGGGUUGGACUAGAUGAUCUCCAGAGGUCACUUCAAACCCUAAUAAUCUGUGACUCUGUGACUCAGGCUCCCUGCUGGUCAGCCUGUUUCAGUGCCUCAGCACCCUCGCAGUAAAGAUUUGUUUCCUAACAUGUAAACUGGAUUAUCCUCGUGCUUCUGUGCUAAAGCCGGCUGGCGCCCCGGUUCGGCGAAGAGCUGCCUGUGCCCGGCUAAAGCGCCUUUGCCAUGGGCAGAGGUAGCGCCGAGAGCGGGCUGAAUUACACCCGGACAGAAUUCGGCUGUGCCGGGGCUCUGGCCGGCGCUGUGACCACCCGAGCACCCUGCGCUCUCCUGCCGGUGUCCCGACAGGCAGGGGCUGCCCGGGAAGUCACAUAUCCUCCCUGAUCCCGGCAGGCGGCGGUGCCCAAGUGCGGGGGGCGCGCGGCUGCCGCUUUUCCCGCGCAGCCUGUGAGGUGAUCCCGGCGGGAGAACCCCUGCCACAGGCGCUUCCUCCCAGCUCCUCAAAACCUCCCGGCUGGGAGAACUCUCCCGCGGGGCUUGGAGCGAGACUUCCCUGUGACACUGCCCUGCUUUGCUGCCAGCUGGGCUGAGGGAACAGGGAGCAGUGCCUUCUCCUUCUCUCGGUGAGGCUUCGGAUUUCUGAGAGUCACCAUCCUGUUUCCCUUCAGUUUUGGCUGAGACUCAGGUUCUGCUUUGGGGCAAUCAACAACAUACCAUGAAUAGCACCAGACACCAGUCUCUGUUCUUUGUCAGUCUGCCUGAGCUGCAAAAACUCUGUGCUGCUACGGUAACACUGAGUUGUCAGAUACCAGAAAGUGAGGCAAGGAGUACACAGAUAAAGACUUGCAGACAAUUAUUAUUCCUGUAUCAAGAAGUCCUUUCUGCACCUGUUAUGGGGACACUGAAUCAAAUUUCGGUUGUGAUGGCGAUACCAUUUUACGAAUCAGGAAUAUGUCAAGCCUAUGUAGAGAGACACAGAGCUACUCUGGAAGCACCGCAAACAGUUACUCCAGCCCUUCUCCAAACCUGUCUCUCCUACACACUUACAGCCAGGCUUGCACCCAGAUGGAACAAGGCUGGUCAUCUCUUGGUGCAAGGGAAAGACUUUUUGUGUCAUUCAGGAAGGCAAAAUGCUGUUGUUAUAGACCUCAAUGUGUCAGAGAGACAACUUUGCAUCAGUGUGGAGCCUUGCUCCAUUCGGCUUCCACCCCCCAAGCUGGGAGAUUUUGAUAUUUCAGCAAACACCAUAAAGCUGUUUGACAGCAAUGAAAAUACGGUUAUUCAGCAACAUUCCAUAUUAAGUAACUGGUGCUAUGUUUUGCCAAGCAUGAAAAUGGGUCAGAUCAUAAACAUCAGCCACAUAAUUCCUCCAGAAUCUCCUUUCCAUUCAUAUAAGGAUUUUCAGAUGCACUGGAAGAGUCUGUAUGGAUAUAUUCUUCCUGAGGAUCUCGAAGAGACAAAAAUAUACUUGAGUGUUUACUUCAAACCAAUAGGGGAAAGGUUCUUUACGUACCCUUUAAGUUGCAUCCGAAGUCAGCCAGUGCAGUAUUUCCCCAGAACAGAUGCAGAAAGUGUAGUGAACUCUUUCCUUUCUGACAUGAAGAGAAAUUUUUCACAGCUGUGUGGAUUUCCAGUAAAGAUGACAAGUAAAGCACUUUAUGCUACAAAAGAACUCUCCAGGGCUUCAGUGCAUGAAAUGAAACCUAAGCAUACAAAAUUGGACGGUGAGAUGGUUUGUGUAGUAUCUCUAACGCAGGCUCCUCCAAGAAAACCGACUUUGCCUGGAAUUCCUUCACCGUGCAGUUCGGAAAAUAGCCACUGGAUGGAGUGUUUGAUCCAAGAGCCAGGAACACACAGUUUUUCGAGUAAGACUACAGGAGGGGUUAGCAUUGAAGCAACAGAGAAGUCAAUGAGCGAUAAGCAAAUACCUGGCGUGCCAAAGUUAACAACGGCAAAAUCUUUAGCACCACCUGUAAACUCAGCCUUUGAAUCCACGCCCCCAAAAGUCAGCAAAAUUAUACCAAUUUUCAAAGGAAAGUUGAUGCAAAUGAAUGGAAAGAUCACAAGUCAAACAGAUAGGAAGAAAAGGGAAAAUGCUGAAUGGCAUUCACCAAUAAAAAGUGUGGGUGUUUCAUCUUCUAUGCUCUCUGUGCACAAAUCCAGCAUAACUCAGGUUUUCAAACACAUUCAAGACGUGCCAGUCAAAACUCCUACUGACAGCAGCGCCCUUCAGGUAAAGAACACAAAGACAUACCCAAAACAUGGUACACCCAUAUUUCGAUGGAAAACCCAGUCUAGUGGACAAAUUACUAGCUCUGAUUUUUCUGAAAACUCUGCUUCAGGUAGGAAUCCAAGUGAAGUCAAUCAUAAAAAGGCAAAUUCUCUGUUCUUUCUUAAGAAUGUUGGGCCAGUGCUUCAGAAGUCAAGCACCAGUCCAUGUCUGAAUACACAUGAAACUCCUACUUCCAGUGCAAGAAGGGGGAAAAAGUUUGCAAGUCAAAAUACUACUCAAUUUUUUGAGAAACAACACCAGUCAAAGGAAGUGCAUUUGCAAAUUUGUAAAUUAGACAAUGAAAUGACAAAUUCCAGUUUGCCACAGCAACAAACAAAGAGAUCAAAUAAAGGAGCUGGGUUAAAUAUUCAUGAAUCUGUCUUCAGAGAUACAGUGUUCAUGGCCAAAAGUGAAGCAAACAGAGCAGCAUGCCACUAUAAGGACUGUACUGCUGAGACAACCAGUCAUCAUUCCAAACCUAACUUUGAACAGAUGAUUGCAGGGAACGAGUAUCUGACAUGUGAAACAAUGACCUCAAAACCAACUUUGCCAGACAUGGAGAGCAACAUGGAAGCAUCUGUAAAGAAAGGUUGUGCCAGAAGAAGACAGAAAGAAGAAGGUUAUUCAAAGUUAAAGAGAGCCAAAAGAAGUAAAACUUCUACUUAAGGUGUUCUGGAGUAUUGAAAGAAAACACUACAUCUGGGUUCCCAAGAGGGCAGUAACAUACUUCAGAAUCUCUGAACUUUGUGUAUUUUGCUGUUUGCCAUUGGUAGCUGUUUCUGGAUGAAUAUUUGAGGGUUAAAUACAGUCAAAUGAAUCCAUGUAUCAUCAACUUCUUCAGACAGUUCAGGUUAAUAAGCCUCUAAUGCAUAUGAAAAAUUAAACUAAAUUGUUUAGUUUUUGAAUUACAUUAUGUAUGUCCUGCUGCUUGCUUACACAGUUAAUAAUUCUUCCAAAUUAUUUUGUUGUUUCUAGUCAGGUUUUUAAAGAUAAACUAUUUAAUUCUUUGUUACAGUGCCUGGGCCAGUUUGAUUCAUCAGUAAAAAAAUCCCAAACAAGUUUUCCUUAUCAAGUCAAAUGACUGGAGAAUAAACAAUUUUAUUCCUACAGAAAUAAUUUAAAGGCUGGAUUUGAGUCAAGCUUCAUUAAUUCUCAUUGUAAUUUUUGAUGACUUUUCAGAUAUGAAACUGCUCUGUAAAAUAUUUUUUAAAGUUUAGUUCCCAAUUCUUCAGGAGUUCUUAGAAAACCUGUAGUUGCCCUUUGAGGAGUUUUGUUGCUCUAAGUGUGACUUCAGUGACCUACUACAAUGUGCAGAUACAAAUAUAUACACAUAUGUAAGAUUGUUGCCUCAUAAUCACUGCUUUGGAGUGACUAUUAUUGUGUUCCCUGGAAAAUAAGAAUCAAAUAUCACACUAGCUCCUAAACUCAAAUGUUACGUACACUUGUUUUGGACAUACACUUGCAAAUCUUUUUUUCUGAAGGGGUUGAUACAAUGGGACUUUGUGCCUUUCAUUAAACUUUUUUUUUAGGUUCAUAUUGCAAUACCUGUAUUUCUCUUCACUUCAUUUCUCCGAGCUGGAUUUUGUCCUACUACUAUGACAAUUUUUGUUUUGUUUUGUUUUGUUUUUUCUUGAAUGGUGACUGUCAACAUAGUUUUAAUAUAUAAUACAAAAACAAACAAACAAAGAAAGAAAAAAACCCCAAACAACAAGCCAAGACAAAUACUAAAAGUGCUAUAUGCUCAGCAAGAAAUCAAAUUACAUUUUCAUUUUGUCCAGAAGCUGGUAUAAAAGGCUUCUUUUCAAAUGCUGUGGUUUAGUUACCUUUCACAGGUUUAACUGUAUGUAACUGAUCUUUCUCCUGUCUUACUUGGAAAAGCCUAUAGAGUAGUUGCAUUUCUACCAUGCUAUAUAAAUUAGUGCUUUGCCUGAUCUGUUUCCUAUUGUUGUUUUUAAAAUGCUGCUGGUUGCCAGCAUUUGUCUUGUAUUAUCACAGAAGUAAUUUUGCACUAUUUUUGCAUUUUUAAAUGUUUAUGUCGUUUUGUGUUAUCUGUUAUAGAACUCAAAAUACAG